AUGGAUGCCUCCAGACCAAAGACAUCGCAGUCGGCCGAAAACCGCUUCCACUACUCUAAGCCAAACUACGCCCAACCUUCGCAGUAUCAGCAGUUCCCUCCACAUCCGUCUGUAAGGGUGCCGCCGAAUGUCAAGCUCAGCGCACGGCAGGUCCCUGCUGGCGUGGGCGUUGCGCCGCCUCCAGUGAGAUAUGGCAGCCCGGCACGCCCGAUACAACCACAACGAACUACCGGCAAUGGCAUGCUAGUACAAGAAUUCAAGUUCCCUGCUGCGCCUCCAAUACCAGCAUCUAGUUCCAGCAGAUCCAGGCAGGAGCCAUGGCAGCAGUCACCGGGGCGGAAGUACAACGGACAUGAAUCCUACCUGUCCUCAGUCGUGAAUGAUUUUACUCCAGAAACCACGCCCGGCUCCAGAUCGCGGGGCUUCCCAACACCGACCUCGAAGAGAUAUUCCGGGUCGGUUUAUGCUGAGAGCGAGGCUCUGGGUCUCGAAGAGCGAUUCGGUUCAGAGGCACGCGGCCUGGACUCCGAUGAGAGCUACUCACCUGACCCAACACAGCAGAUAGUCCGGCAGGCGAGUUUGGGCAAACGAGCAAAGCCUGCCAUCACAACCAUAAGAAACAGGGAGAGCCAGAUGGAACCAAACAUACCGGAGAAUUUCCCAGCUCCACCAACCCACGUCAGCAGAAAAGCAACGAUGGAAGCACUCAGCGCGGCUGUAGCUGCUGGCAUGAGCAGUGCGCCGCAUAUUGGGUCGCGCUCAGGGACACCUGUAUCCCGCGGCCACACCCCCGUCAGGAUGCCCUUUGAUACAUCACCCCCUCCCUCCCCGUCUGCAGAUAGAGAGUUUCUACAAACACCAAAGUCACCCAACACUAUUGUAUCCGGAAAGAUGCUUGGCCAGACGCCGGGCUCUGUGCAUUCUCAGAGAUCCACAAACCCUUUGCUGGGUCUCGGCAUCGAGCAACCGUCAAUGAGCGACAAGAUUCCCGCCAGUCGACGACCGCCGAGACUCGACAUGGACGCUGUCAGGGAAGCUGAAUCCCGCGGGAGCACAACGAGCUUGGCAGAUCUGAUCAAGCGGGCUACGAGACUGGCUGCCAAUCUGGACAGAGGCAAGACCGCGAGCAGGUUGGGUAUGUUGGAUAUGUUCGGAAGCAGUGAAAAGUUGGGUGUGGGUGUGGGCGGUGCGACAAAUCGCCAUUCGACCAUGUCAGACAUGCUAUCAGCUUUCCCUGCUCCGGCAAUAGGUGGUACUCCCACCAAAAGAGACACUGCCUGGCCUCUAGGCGAGAAGAGCGAUGCCUACGCCUCAACCACGGACCUGUCCAGGGGGCAGCCGGCAAAGCAACGGCGAAAAUGCUGCGGCUUAUCACUACCUGUUUUCAUCAUCGUCAUUAUCGCUAGCAUCGUCCUUAUCGCCGCGGCCGUGUUAAUACCGAUCUUUCUAAUACUUGUUCCAAACCAACACAAGAACAGCAAUGAGCUCAGCAAUUGUGCUUCAAACCAUCCUUGUGGAAAUGGAGGCACCAGCAUUGUCAGCAACAAUGCUUGUGUCUGCGUAUGCUCGAAUGGCUUCACCGGGAGUCAGUGCGAAACGUCUGGCAACACAGACGACUGUAUGACCAUCACCUUGAACGACGGCAACAUCGAAUAUAAAAACGCAACAAUAGGGUCUUCGAUCCUUCCAUCUCUCACAGAUACACAGAUACGAUUCGACAUUCCCCUGAACGUCUCGACGAUAUUAUCGAUAUUCUCUUUUAACAAUCUUUCAUGCACCAGUGAGAACUCUAUGGUUGACUUCAAUUCAAGCGCUUUGAAUCAAGGGGCGAAUGCAAAGCGCUUCGUGGUGGUACCGGGCUUUGAGCCACAACCGCCUGCUAUCAAUCGCCUGCCCCAGCCGCCACAGAUCACGGCUCGUGCUGAAUCAGAUUGCUCGAAAGAACAUCUUGAGAGAAGGCAAGAGGGCGAGUCAGCGGGUACAACAACUUCCAACGGCAUCGUGUUCGCACAGAGCUCUCCUACUAUAGGCGCAAUAGAACCAACCACACCUGUCGCUACUGGUGUCUCCGCCGUCGCCAGCGUUGAUGAAACGAGCACUCCUACCGCUUCCGCAACCUCGUCGACAUCACAAGGCAAUUCCGCACCAACGACCGUGGCCCAGUCUCCAACCGUGAGCGACAAGGAACUGGAAUUUGCCAAGCUCGUAGUCCUUUACGUCUUACAGGAAUCGCAAGCUGUGAGCGUCGCAGUGAAUGCACAACAGCGGAUGGAGUUGUUCUUCACUUCACAGACAUCGGACAACACCACAUCUCCAAAAGUGGAUGUUGGCAUGGGCAACCUCGUACUCACUGCUGAUUUCGACAAGUUCAGCAUAACCAAGGGAGACGGGGAGGUGAUUGGUGGUGACGAAGGGUCAGGAUCAAGAUGA